UAAACGUCAAAUAUGGUUUAAGGGAACAAAUAUGGAAAAUUUGGAAUCCAUAACCAAAUAAAAUCUUAAUUCUUCAAUUACAAAGGAUUUUGAUUGAGUUUUCUUGACCUAAGGGGAUCAUAUAUAAGAAAACAACAAUUGCAUAAACGGGGGGAAAUUUUUGGGCCUCCAAAAUCGUGAAAGCGUUCAUGAAAAAAAUCAAGGAAAGGUCAAAAUCGGUUAUGGAAUCAAGGCUUGAUUGAAGGCAUUUUGUGGAUUCCAACAUGAUCCUGGAAGUGUCCUGAAGCGAAUGGUAUCAUCACUUUCAAUUUACACGUGCAGAAUCAUGCCCUUGGUGCCACGGUUUGUCAUAAUUUAUUUUGCGUCGAUUCCAUUAACUCGUGAUAAGUUGAUGCAACUUGGUUGUAUAUAUGAGUUUGUGAUGAUGUUAUGAAGCUUUUGGUAUAGGUUAAUUGAAUUUUUGUUGCAGAACUAAGAAUCCACCAUUGUUAGGUUGGUGAAGCUGCGAAUUGGGGUUUUGCAAACCGGGUAAAAUUAGGAGAAACUAAUGCUAUAGACAUACUCACGGAUUCGGUUAUGGUUAAUUUAAGUCGUCGUUUUGGAUUUAUUGCUCGAUAUCUGCAGGUAUUGGGGAUGAAGGUCUAAGGCCACCAUGAAAAUCGUGGCCUAAAGCCACUGUGCAUCUGUUAAUUCGCGAUGAAGAAGAGCACGUCCGCGCGACUGUUUUUUUUUUAAUUUUAGUCACGUUAUUUUGGUAUAUGAUAGCUUGAGUUUGUUGCAUUAACAUGAGAAAAGCGCAGCUCGCUUGGCUUGGGAAAGGAUGUGGAAUCCAAGGGACCUGGGUUCGAUCCCAGCGUCCCACAUAUAUUUUUUUUAUAUUUUCUUUGAUACUGGAUCCAGCGCUGCUCUCACAUGAGCGUCUACCAUACACCCUUCAAUCAUCACCACUGGAUUGUACACUGGAUAGAUCCAACGCACAUGAGGUUGAGGAUAUACCAUGGAACUUCAAGAUCUCAAUGCACAGGAUCAUAACCAGAUCAACCAAUUUGAGUCAAAAAAGAAUGGCUUCAUUUUCAAUAGAAGAAUUCAUUGGAAAUGGAGUUUUGAAGGAGUUGCUCCCAAAACUGUUGGAUGAAGGCUGGGAUGAUGUGCCAACACUGAAGAUUAUGGACUCGGACGACAUGAACUCAAUAAAAAUGACACAACGGCAAAAGGACUCAAUUGGAAUAAGGUCAUACCUACACGAUCGCGGAUUGAUGCAAUAUGCAGAUAAGCUAGAGGCUAGUGGAAAAAAUCUGCCAGAGCUUAUGAGUUUAAGCAGCACGGAUCUUUCUGCUCAGUUUGACAUGAAGAGAGGCCAUAUUGUCCGUUUCGUAGACAGAACAAAAUGUGAUGAUUCCUUUAAGUUACGGGCAAUUAUGGCUAGGAGAAGAAGUAGCAUGAUGUAUAGACAUGAAAGCAUCUCAAAGAGUCUUGCAUCUAACGGGUCCAGUAGUAUGAUGAGAAUGCAAAUUAGAAGUAAUACAAUUACUACUGAUAGAUCAAUUGAACAAUCACUUACUGAGCUGAAGAUUAAAGAUGGAUAUGUGUUUAAAGGAAUUGUGGCUUCUGAACCAGCUGAGCCUAGAGCAUGUGGCUGUGUGGAACCUCCUCCGGUCAGUGACCAAGUUGCUCCUUAUUCUGCUCUUGAAAAUAUAUCAGUUCAGAAACUAACUCCAGAAUAUAAGAUUGGGAUGGAACCAUUGGUGAAAAUGAAGACACCUCCAAUGAAAGCUGCAGAACUGUGGCGAGACAAACCAGCUAUUUUCCUUUGUCUCCGACGACCAGGGUGCAUCAUGUGCAGAGCAGAUGCGCACAAGCUCUUCUCCAGGAAACCCAUAUUUGAUGCACUAGGAGUUCAACUAUUUGCAGUUGUUCAUGAAUACAUGGAGGCAGAGAUAAAAGAUUUCUGGCCACGAUAUUGGGGCGGCGUAGUACUUUUCGAUCGGGGUAGGGAUUUCUUCAAAGCUCUUGGAGGGGGGAAAUUGCACAAGGAGAAGUUUUUCUCGGGAUUUUUGCUGAACCCCCGAGCAAUUGCCAAUUACAAGCGUGCAAAAGCUACAGGAUUUGAAAAAAACUUUAGAGGGGAAGGAGAAAUAAAGGGUGGACUCUUCAUACUAGGGAGUAGAAAGACUGGCAUUGCUUACCAGUUUAUUGAGAGGAACUUUGGUGAUUGGGCACCUCUUGCUGAAGUCAUUGAGAUUUGUAACCAGUUGCAGAAACAACAGCAAGGUCAAAGUGUCCUUGAGCUGCCUUGAAAGGAAACAGUGACUGCACAUAUUGCACGUGUACUCACUACAAUUAUGUUCCUUGAAAUAAUUCCAUCUCCAUUACAAUCAUUGUACAACUUAGUA